CUGUAAACAGAAGCCACGUGACAAGCAGGGCUGCCUGUCAGGGGCUUUGCAGCAGCAGGACGAAUGACGGCCGAGUUGGAGGAAGUUACUGGGAGCAGCUGUGCUAGUAUGUAACCUUACACGAGUUGGAUACAGCAUUGCAGUUAAAGACAGGAAGGCAGCAGCAUUCAUGGAUAUUGUGGACACCUUUAACCAUUUAAUACCCAGUGACCAGUUGGACGACUCCCUGAUAACAGGUCAGAAUUUGGAAUGUGAGGCCAGUAAUGAGUUUGGGACAGGACUCGGACUGGAAGAGUCACUAAAGAACAUGCUCAGUGACAAAGACCCCAUGUUUGGAUGUGCAAGCUCUCAGUUCAAUCUGCUGGACAAUGAGGACUCCACUUUUCAGAUUGCUGGCUCAACAGCUCUCGGUGAUGGUUCAGCAUCCACAGGCCUCAGCAGUGAACUGACCGUUACAGAGACCGCACAAGUCAAGCGACCUGUUGGCAGGCAGAAGAAACGUCCACGUCAUUUAGAAUACGAUUAUAGCAGCGGCCCACAACCUGCUAACGUAUCUACCAUGAACCGAGGACGGCUGGGAAGGAAACCAGCCAACCGGUUACGGAAGUCGUUUCUUAUUGAGAAAGGAGUUAAAGGCGCCCAGCUGAAGAAAGAAUUAAUUCUGGGAGGGCGUGUUGAUGUCAACGAUCUUCAAGGUGGAUUAUGGCUGAAUCCUUCCGUUGUAUUGAGACGAUUGACAGUCACAAUUGCGGGAUUCAGGAUUGAGCUGCUUCCAGGACCUUCUUACACACACAAUGUUGAAGCGAGCCAGUCUGUGUGCCUUGACGGUGGUUUUUCGUAUGCUGGAGACAUUGGGUUUGCCGUGCUGCCAGGCGCUACUGUCAAUGUACCGAAUCCCACAGCUGUGAAUGUGGCAGAGGUGGAUGUAAUUGAGAAGAGCUCUGCUGAUGAUGCAGCCCUCGGGCUAGGCCCAUAUGUGAAUCCUAACGACGUGCAGACCUCCAACGGGACUUUAAUGGGGAGUGCCUCCACGCAAGAGACAAAGCUUGACAAUCAGAGUGUUCCUGAACAACAAAAGCCAGACUGUAAAGAAAAAGAUGGCAUCAAAGAGCCACAAAACAUUCAGAAUGACAUAACUACUGUUAGUAAGACUGAUGAUAAGGAAAAACAACAGAUUGUGGCCAAAACCCUGCCAAAGUCGAAACAAGGGCUGACAUCUAACAAGAAUAAGGACUUGGUUUCAGAUAAACCAAACAACAUGAUUAAGGGACAUAAAGUAACCCAAAACAUGGCGUCCAAAAUCCAAAGAGGAGACCUGCACAAAAUGAAAAAUCUAAAGGAAAAGAAAGACAUUUCACCUUUGAAAAGGCCUGCAGAAAACACCCAAAGUGAGCAUGUUACUAAAAUGCAAAAGACACAGGGCACCACAGCAGAGAGUAAAGCGAAGCCAAGCUCUGUAGGGAAGAAGAGCCCAUCAUCUGGCAACCGUGUUGAUCAGCAGGGACCAACUAAACAUACUCAACCUCCCAAUAUCUCCAAAGUUGAGACCGUUAACCAGACGCCCGCUCGUCCAAGCCAUUCUUUAAAAAUGCCUGAGGAGGGAGGGCAGGAGAAGCCCAAACAGAAAAAGCCAGAAAAGAUCCUUCAAAGACAGAAAAGUAAAACUGUAAGAAGCAUCUCCGUGGACGAGCCGCAGCUGUUUAUUCCAGACAAUGCUCCUGUUGCGAAGAAGGACACCUCUGAGGAUCAACCAGCUAACAGUGAGACUGUAUGGGAUGGAAACAACUGUUGUGGCCUCUGCAACAACCACCACAAUAACACGUUCAUGGUAGGCUGCGGUCGUUGUGACGACUGGUUCCACGGCGACUGUGUUGGUCUUGACCUGACGAAAGUGCGCGAAAUGGAGGAGGAGGAUCAGAUGUACGUCUGCUUGAAGUGCUGUGAGGAGGAAAGCAAAAAAGUGGAGCCCGAGCCCUCGAGUGCAGCCAAACCAGAAGUCCAAGCAAAGACGGAAGUACAGGAUCUUAAGCCGCCUCCCGAGCCCCAACCAGGACCCUCCCAGAUACUCACAUCAGGGGGCGUCAGACCAGUAAGAAAGGAUCCUGAUAGGAGGCAUUCCACAGAUGUCAGAGAAUCGGGCCAUAAAACAGGCGCUCAUCUGAAACAAGAGGCAAAAAGUAAGACUUCAGCUUCAAAGAAACCCGUGUCUGUGGAGGCAAUCAGGCGAAGCGUGCGGGAUUCUCUGAAAGAAAUCCUUAUACAAAGGUUGAAGGAGUCCGAUUUGAACGUCUCAGUGGAGAGGGCGUCUGAAGUUGCCAAGAAGACGGAGCGAGAGCUUUUUCACUUGUAUAAAGACACUGACAACAAAUACAAGAACAAGUACCGAAGCUUAAUGUUUAACCUUAAAGACACUAAAAAUAAUGUCCUCUUUAAGAGGGUUCUCAAAGGGGAAGUUUCUCCUGGUAACUUAAUUCGAAUGAGCCCAGAGGAACUGGCCUCGAAAGAAUUGGCUGCUUGGCGACAAAGGGAGAACCGACAUACUAUUGAGAUGAUUGAAAAAGAGCAAAGAGAGGCAGAGAGACGGCCGAUCACCAAGAUCACGCACAAAGGAGAAAUCGAAAUUGAGAGCCAAGAACCAUUAAAGGCAGCUGAGCCUGCAGAGCUUGAUUCUUCUCCCAAAGUGACAGAAGUCUUAGCAGAAGCUCCAAAGACCCCCGAGAACAAAGCAGAGAGUAGCAGCACGGAGAAAGACACCACCAGCCAACACAAGUCUCACUUAUUUGACCUACACUGCAAAAUCUGCACAGGUCGUAUGGCGCCCCCUGUGGAGGAGGCACCCACCAAGGUGGUCAAAGUUGCCACUACAGUGGUUAGGAGGUUGUCUACCAAAGCAGACGAGACGAAGAGCACAGCGACACCUGCAGCCGACGAUGACCUGCACCUCACCGUUUUAGAGGAGAGCUUCAGAAAUGCUCAGUCGGGAUACGAAGGAAGGUCGGAACAUACCGCUGGAAGAGACGAAGAGGCCAUUUUUCUUUCCACCCUGAAGUCCCUGUGGCAAGGACUCCUUCACAUGCACUCUGUGGCAAAGUUGGUGACAAAAGCCUUCCCCGUCUCAGGCAUUUUGGACGACUUGACUGAGGACCUUCCAGACAGCAUUCAAAUUGGCGGAAGGAUAAGUCCACAGAUAGUGUGGGACUACUUGGAGAAGAUUCGGGCAACAGGAACAAAAGAGGUGUGCCUGAUUCGCUUUACCCCUGAGACGGAGGAAGAUGAGAUCUCCUAUACUCUUCUGUAUGCCUACUUCAGCAGUCGUAGGCGUUUUGGGGUGGUGUCCAACAACCUGAAACAAGUGAAGGAUAUGUAUAUUAUUCCUUUGGGUGCCACUGAAAAAGUUCCACAUCAGCUUGUUCCCUUUGAUGGGCCAGGUCUAGAAAACAACCGUGCCAACCUUCUUCUUGGACUCAUCAUUCGCCAGGGACCAAAAAGGGAUUUUCUUCCCGUGGACAUGAACGAAACUUCCAGGAUUAUUCCUGAAAUCAAGCCCAUCACCAUUUCCACAAAAGAAACCAGAACGACAGAGGAGGAUGAGAAACGUUUUAUCUCCUCUUUGACGACUGCACAUAAAAAAGAGAAGGACAAACCACUUAACACUACUGAAGAAGUUGAUGAGCCAAUUACAGAGUCUUUGGAAGAACCAUCUGCAUCGGAGGAGUCCAACAGUCAGGAGCCCUGCAAAGCUCUGCGCUUUCUUCCAGGUGUGUUAGUCGGCUGGGGUGGGGAAUUGCCCCCUCUGCCAGACGUUGGAGGUAAACCUGCAACAACAGCAGAUGACACUCAGAAGACCGAACCACCUCCAAAAACGGAGGCUCCAGCUGUUGCACCACGAGAGCGCUUUGUCAUCAGGAAGAAAGAAGCUAAACCUGUUAAAGCUGAACCGGAGCUAUCCAGCCCGACUGAUACAUCUGCUGCUAACAACUCACCAGGAAAGGAUCCUGCAGUGGUGACCCACGGUGCACCAAUCUCUCUGAAAGAUAAGCCCCCAGAUGUAUCGACUGAAGUGUUCCUGGCGAGCUUGUCAGCGGCUCCAAAAGGGACUGAAACUAGCAGCGCUGCUUCUGCAAACAAAAGUGAAGUUGGCCUUUUGUUCGAGACUGAAAAAGCACCGUCUGAAGGGAACUCUUUGUCGCAGGCACAAUCCCAGGCUGCCCCAGCUCACGCUAAUAGCUCAAAACCUCCUUUAAGUGGGAUAUUGAAAAAAUCUUCAGCAUAUUCCAGUGUGAAUGAAGAUAAAACAAAGGUGCUACAAAAGAAUGAAGCCAGCCACGCAGCUCCUUCGAGUCCCAAACCUGUUCCUGUGUUGAGCAGUACUAGAAAUGAGGCAGUUACACUAUUCCACCAAGGAUUUUUACAGCUUUCUCAGGCCAAGAACAAACCCGAGGAGAAGCAAACGCCUAUUCGAUCACUCGCUAAUGAAAAGGGAAACCCUGGCAUGUCCCAGGCUGGUGCUCCAGUAACUCAGACAGUAUAUCCUCCUACAGAAGGACCACAAGCAGCGUGUUACACAGAAGCCGCUGAGCUCAAACCCGAAUCAGUAAUGGCACCAGCUCUCCCAGUAUACAGUGAUGCACCUGUUCCAUCGCAGCAGCCGCAGCCUCAGGUACCUGGCAGCUGCGACUACCCAACUGGCCCUCCUCUUAACACUUUAUCCAGCCCGCACACAGAGGAUCAGAACCACAGUGCUCCGUGGGCUCAGGAUAGCACUUCACACGCUCUUUCUGCACUUCAGACACAGUAUGCAGAGAGCUACCCCGAACCAGCUGACCCACCUCCAUCCCUGGCCAAAGAUUACAAGCGUCAAGAGGAGCGAUACAGUGACCCCUGGGAGAGGCCCCGAACAUCAGAGGACAGAGACCACCACGGGAGGCACAGCCAUCACAGGGACACCCACCACGGGAAGAAGAGCAGAAACCACGACCGGGAGAAAAAGCACGAACGCAGCCAUGACAGAGAGAGGAGUAGGCACCGCGGACACUCAGACGAUCGCUACGGCGAGAAGAGGAAAGAGAGACCCCACAGCGACGAUCACAGCAGCCGUAAUAAGGACAGACACAGACACAGGCGGGACUCUGAUUAUGAGAACGGACGGAGAAGUUCAAAAGACAGUUAAUUAUGUUUUUAUUUAAUUUUCAAGCCCCGCUAGCCAGCUGGUUCAAAACACUUCGGCUGUAAUGUAGAGUGGAGUUGUUCUAUUUUAUACAGCGGUGCGCAGAGUAUACGCCAUUUCCUUCAUCGAAGUUCCAUUUUAUGUUAUUGACAGUACAGCCAAAAUGAAAUAUCAUUUCAGUGAGAUUGUGAAGACCAAGAAGAACUCAAUGUUGGAACAAUUUCAAAAUUUUAACCUUUUUUAUUGUAUAUACCGUGUUCAAAUUGAGCUGCUGUGCUGACUACAAAGGAUCAGUGAAUGUUUUCAGUCUCGUGGUAACAUACAAAACAAGUGUGGACCAUCUGGGGAACAUUUUAAGUUGGCAUGAAUGUAAACACAGAAAACAUUUAACUGAAGACUGAUCGAAACAGCAGCUUUGCUCCCCCCCCCAAUUCAAUUCUUUUAAAUUGCUUAAAUAUUUUUAAAACUUACUUUUUUGAAAAAGUAUGUACAUCUUGGCUUGUAAUAUACAUUAGAGAUGAAGUGUGCCUUUGCACUGUGUGUUUAUGUACAGUUCGUAAUAAAGCUAAUUCUUUUUUAUUAUUGAUUAUAAAAAAAACUUGUUAUAUUUCUUUCUAAAUGUAUUAAAGGUAAAAUCACCUGGAUACA